CGUAUACGAGUUUUACUUUUUCAAACGCGGCGUUAUUAUUUUGCGAUCGAGGUACGUGUGAUAAUCCAAAUAAAUUCUACAGAUCGAUGUAAUGCAAGUUUUAAAAGCCUCUCGCCGGCUAAAAAAACGUUUAAUUUACGGAAAGUCCUCCGUCGAACUUUUUUUUACGGUCGAUAAAAGUGCGAGCGAGCAAGGAAUUCGCUCCGGUGGUCCGAGCGAUUGGCUGCAGGCGAAAUGACCGAAUGCGUUCGAUAAAUCAGGGAAACCGCCAGGCGGAAAAGUCAGUUGUGUGCAGGCGCGAGUUGUGCGACGCGGUUUUGUGGGCCCAUUUCGCUUAUUAUACCGUCGCGGUUGGCUUUUUUCUCCGCCGAAGCACCUAAGACAGAGUCGUAAACGUGUGUGUGUGUGUGUAACGAAAAAAAAAAAAAAAUUCAUGUGUACACGUCUACGUAAAACGGUUGUAAUUUAUUACGCUUCUGGCGAUAAACGAAAUCGAAGGAGUCGCGCGCGAAGUUGUUACGACGACAAAUAAGAGCAAUAUUAAUUCGUCGGUCCGGGGAACAAAGUUUGCGGACGUGCGCGCGGGCCGCAAAAAAAAUAAUCGCCGAGAUAAUAACGACGUGGAAGUCUGGGCUCGCCUCUGGGAUAUUAUUUUUCGACGCUUUUUCGGUCCUUAUUUCCUCUCGCCCGCUGACUUCUGUUUCUCUCGUCGCCCGUCAUAAUCCGACAUUCGAGUUUUCUUGCCCCAGAGCCGAUGCAAAAUACGCAAAAAGGAAGGGAUAAAAACACACUCGACUGACGUCGUUUCGCUGUUCGUACACUUGUACAGAUACCAAAAAUCUUUCACUUCGUUGCGUAACUUAAAAUUAUCAUCAUCAGCUCUCAAAAGGAGUGCGAAAAAAGAGCAUCGCAAACGUCCCCUCGCUUCAUAACCUCAAACAAAUCAACUCACUGCCUUCCAUUGUCACGAGAAAAAAAUCGACCCAAGCACACACACAUACAUACACACACACAAGGGCCCUUUUCUCUGCCGAAAAAAAAACAUGUCGGCAGCACUCGAUCGGCCGAACUAACGCCCGUCGCUCGCGUGAAUUCUUUCUCUCUCUCUCGUCGCUCCGGAGAGAGAAAAGAAAGAUCCAACGAGGCUCGCGCGCGCAAAGAAGAGGAACACACAAAGAGGACGAGAUCCGAAAGGAGAAAAAAAGCCGAGAGAGAAGUCGCACUUCCGCGCGCCACGUCCAAGUGAGAGAGACCGCUGGAGAGGAGGAGGGCGAGCUCUCGAGGAUGGCCUCGAUUGCCAGGUUAAAUCAGCACGUCGCCGCCUUGCUCGGCUCGACCUCAGGGCUGGCAGUGGGCGCGAGUCUCGGCUGGAAUUCCCUGGCGAGUCAAGCCCUCCGUUCGGCCGUAGGUUGGGAAGCCAUCGAGGCGGACUACGUCUGUGCGGCACUGCCGGCGGCUGCCGGUCUCGGAGCAUUAUGUCUUCCCGGACUCAUGUGGAUGUCGCCGAGUCUGAGCAGCAGUCAAGCUAUCGCCUACGUCGCGGUACCUCCUCUCGCUGCCGGCUGGAUCGUCGUCUAUCUCGCCAACUAUUCGUAUCCCAUGCUACUGCUGGGCAGAACCUUAACCGGCCUAGGCGUUGGCGUCUUCACUAUCAUGGUCCCCCUUUACACUUCGGAGAUCUCCAGCCGUCGAUACCGCUACUCGAGUCUCGUCUACUUCCACGUGAUGCUCAGCUUGGGGAUAGUCUGCUCCUACGCCUCGUCCGUUAAAGUGUCCAGCUUGGACUUUGACCUGGUGCCCUUACAGCUGCACAGCGUCCUCUGUAUGCUGCCCAGUCUACUAGCUGUGUUCUGCUGUUACAUCCCGGAGAGUCAUCUGCAGAGGAUCAACGCCGACGACUCGGAGGCUCUGCGACGAUUGGUAGAGAGGGAACACGGCGAUGUCGCCGACGACGCCGAGAUGGAUAGGGAAAUCGAGAAGACGAGGAAGCUCGCGAAAGCUCUGCAGAAGCCGCAGAACCGGCUGAAACUGCUGAGGGACGAGAGAUUCUGGCGAGUCUUCGCGGUCGUUACGUGCGUGACGCUCUGCCAGCAUCUGAGCGGCUCGUAUCCGGUCACCUUCAACGCCCUGACGCUCAUCGACUUCACGGGCUCGAGCCAACUGACGUCCGCCUGGCUGAGCCUCGUCUGCGCCACUAGCCAACUCCUCGGCACGAUCCUUGCUCUGACUCUCGUCAGUCGACUUGGACGUCGGGCUUUGCUGACCAGCUCCGCUGCGCUCAUGGGUCUCGCUCUAAUUUUAUUGGGCUGGUUUAUCAUGGCACGAGAAACUGAUCCCGACUUGAACAACAAGUACAGCUGGAUGCCUCCCACCUGGAUCGGCCUGUACUUUGGCUCCUAUGGCCUCGGUCUGGCUCCUCUAUCCUCGGCUCUGUUAGCUGAUGCCUUUCCCAUGGAGCUGCGCGUGCCAGCCGCUUCUGCCAUUGCCGGACUGGGCUGGUUCUUGUGCCUGGCUCUGAACUUGCAGCUGAGCACGCUGCUGAUGGACUUGGGCUUGUCCGGGACUCUCUGGCUCUUCGCCGGAUUCUGCUGGCUCGGAGCGAGCAUCGCCGGAAUCGCCGUUCGAGAGUCCGCUGGGAAGACUCUCGCCGACUUACAAGAGGAGUUUCGGAUUAGUUGAUGCUGUUUUCCCAGCAGCGCUGCGCCGGGUUAUGGCUGAUUAACCGAAAAUCGAGAGCUGCUCCUCGUGAGCCGAGAGUUCUGUAACUGCGCUCUAUAUACUCUGGCUUAUGAAUAAUUUUGAUCCGAUUGGAAACUCUUGUUUGCCCGCGCUCGUUUUCGAGGCUGCCUGAGAACUCUGUACAUGUAUAUAUAGAUCUCCGUGCCGUUUAAGCCGGAGGAUGCUUAUUUAUCGGCCCUUUGUUCUCCAAAAUUGCGCGAUGAAUCGUGAGAUAAUCCUCUGGAUUGUGUAAUAAAUGUUUGGAAUUUUU